AUGGCGAGUUUGCCAUCAGAUAAUGAUAUCGAAGUGGUCCGUUCUGCUGACUUAAAGCACACCAAGAGCCCCAAGAGUAAGAGCUCAUCACUUAGACAUAAAACAAGGAUACCUUCUGAUGCUUUCAGACAGUCUGAACAAUCUCUAAGGGAGCUUUUGGAGGACUUUGAAAGUGGAAGACUAGAUGCCUUUGGUGAUUCAGAUAUGCUUCAGAAGAUGAACGAGAUUCGUGAGAUGCAAGAGAAGUUAACGCUCAAGCACUUUGAGAUCGACCAGAUGAAGUCCGACCCUGAUGGUAAAGGGGAGGGGAGUGAUGGAUCCCUUAUUGACCUGACACAGGGACUAGAGAAACUAGGAGCUGCCAUUCAAUCUCUGCAUUCAGACAACACAUUGCUGAGAGGACACAAUACAAAGCCUGCAAAGACAGUAUCUCUACAACCUAUUUCUAGUUUUAUCGCUGAAGAAGAUGUACGUGUAUAAUCGAUGAUUCACCAUUUCUUUUUUACUCACUCAUUAUAUAAUUGUCAUGAUCAGCAUUGUAUUAAUGUCAAUUAAAUCAAGCACAAGAUACAUUUAUA